AUGUUUGGAUUCUUAACAGGUUGGACAUGGUUUAACAGAGUGGAUGAUUUCAUUAUUCUCGGCGCUUUACCCACGCCAUCGCAAAUCAAACAGCUGCAUAAAAAUGAAAACGUCGAUAUUGUCAUCAAUAUGUGUUCUGAAUUUCCUGGCUAUGAGAAACUUUAUAAAGACUUGGACAUUAUUCAAAUAAGGUUGGAAACGCCUGAUUUCUGUGUUCCUUCGCUGGAUUCCAUCCAAGACGGUAUUAAUGAAAUAGUCAAACUAAAACAGAGAAUGCCAAAGAGCAACAUAUAUUUACACUGCAAAGCUGGUAGAGGUAGAAGUGCUGCCAUGGCAAUGUGUUAUUUGCUGAGAACAUAUCAAUUGGAUUUGGCUGAGUCGCAGAAAAUCUUGUUGGAGAAAAGGCACCAGGUUAGUUACCAUUUGGCAUUGUGUAACAUGCACCAACACUAA